CGGCCCGCCAUCGUGCUCAUUCCACUUUCCACAAAACAAUCACCGCUACAGAGCUCCUGGACCGCGGAUUUUGACUUAACACUCACGGGGCGCUAAGUACUGCAAUACAAACAAGAUUCCAAGGGAAAGAAGACAAAAGGGAGAAGUAAUGGCGAGCAAUCAAGGUGCAGAGGCGACGGGAGGAAUAGUGGGAGAAGAGAGAUCGCAGAGAGGCCAGGGCCAGGGCCAGGGACAAGCACAGAGAGGAAGAGGCAGAGGGCGAGGGCGAGGCGAUGGGCAUAUAAGUCAACGGGGCGUUUCUACCACCGAGGUGCGCAGGGGAAGAGGUGGAAGGGGAGGCCGAGGUGGGGCGAAUACUGCUGCGAUGAGUGCGGGGGAUUUGGGCGCCAGAUUCGCAUCCCAGAGACCUGCUGCUGGAAGGGAAGCGGGUACCGAGAAGAAGGCCGAAGGCGGAGGGAAGAAGCCCAAGGAAGGCGAGGUCGAGGCGGAAGUCUGCUGGAUUUGCGCGAGUCCGAUUGUGCAUGAGAGUAUUGCGCCGUGUAACCAUCGGACGUGCCAUAUUUGCUGCCUGCGGAUGAGAGCGCUGUACAAGGAUAAGAAUUGUGCUCAUUGUCGGACACCAGCACCAUACGUUAUCUUCUCCAACAAUCCUACGAAACGGUACGAGGAUUUCACGGAUAGGGAUAUCGCGAGCACGGACGAGAACAUCGGGAUUCGGUAUGAGAGUAAUGAUAUUAGAGAGGAUACGAUUUUAUUGCUGAGAUACAAUUGUCCCGAUGACGACUGCGAUGUUGCUUGUUUGGGCUGGCCGGAUCUGCAUCGUCAUGUUAGAUCAGUGCACCACAAGAAGAUCUGUGAUUUGUGCUCGAGACAUAAGAAAGUGUUUACACACGAGCACGACCUGUUUACGGAUCAGGAAUUGCAGAAGCAUAUGCGGAAAGGAGACGACAAUCCGGGAGCAGUCGAUCAAACGGGAUUUAAAGGACAUCCAUUAUGUUCAUUCUGUGGUUUGAGGUUCUAUGGGGAGGACGAGUUGUAUGUUCAUUGUAGGGAGAAACACGAGCGGUGUUUUAUCUGUGAUCGGUUGCAUGGGGGGCAGCCGCAGUAUUACCUCAAUUACGAGGCGCUGUACGCGCAUCUAAAGAAAGACCACUUCGUGUGCGAGGAGCGAGAAUGUUUGGAGAAGAAGCUGGUUGCGUUUGAUUCGGAACUUGAUCUGAAGGCACAUCAGCUGCAGGAACAUGGCAACACGUUGAGCAAGGAUGUCCGGAGAGAUGCAAGGGUCGUCGAUAUCUCGAGCUUUGAUUAUCGGGCUCCGUAUGUUCAGGAGCGGAGAGGAGGGGGCAGUCAGAGGGAACAGAGAGAAGGGAGAGGACGAGGCAGAGGACGAGAUCCAAAUACGGAUCCUAUUCCUGCUUCCUCGGCUCAGCCUUUAAGGAGAGAUGAGCAGGCUUUCCAGAGGCAGAUGGCUAUUCACAGCGCUCAGUCGGUUUCGACUCGGACCUUUGGAGGCCAGUUGACGCCAGCUUCUGCCCCAGCAGCAGCUCGACCACCAGCUCCGGCUGCGAUGUCCGUCCCCCGCCCUUCAGCAAGCGUUGAAGCAGCAACACAAGCAGUCAACAGCCUCGACCUCUCCCAAAUCGACCUCACACCACAAGAGCAAGCCCGCCAUCUCAGACACAGAGACGUAAUUGAGCGCGCGAGCCUGCUGCUACAAAAUGACCCCAUGAAAAUAACUCGAUUCCGGGACUCCAUUUCGUCUUAUAAGAACAAUGCGAUCUCCGCGCCGCUGCUAAUAGACUCUUUCUUCGCCCUAUUCACUGACACCACGUCCAGUGCACUGGGUACGUUGAUAAGAGAGGUAGCAGACCUAUAUGAUGAUGCAAAGAAAGCAGAUACCUUACGAACAGCAUGGAACAACUGGCGCGCAAUCAACGAAGAUUAUCCCUCCCUACCAGCAGCAAGCGAUUCCUCAUCUUCCUCGAUUCCGUUAAACUGGGCCGUAACCUCUUCCACCCCUUCCGCCUCAGCAAAUACAAACACGAACACAAAGUCAACACGAGUCCUGAAGCUGAAAUCCAGCACUGCACAAUCAUCCCGCUCCGCCGUCUCGCAAACCCGCUCAUGGGGCACCGCAUCUCCACCCAUAUCUUCCUCGUCAUUGUCGAGUUCCCUAAUAAACAAUAGCUACAACAAUCCCUUCCCAACCCUCCCACCGCCCACAUCUUCCCGUCCGCAAAACACCAGUUCAACGAAAGUAUCCACCAUUCCUUGGGUUCCGCAGGCUUCUUCGGCAAAUAACAGCAAUCCGGGGAGUGCGAGACCUACCCCGCCAACUAGUAGACCAGCGAGUACGGGACCGGUUAGAGGACGGGGAGCAGGCGGAGGGGGAGCGGAGUUCCCGGCGCUGCCGCCAGCUGCUAAACCGCAAAGCACGAUCUUCGGGUACGGGAGGGGCAUGGUGAGACGUGAUGGUCUUGGUGGAGGAGGAGCAAGCGUGGCUAGUGCAUGGGGGAACGGUGGGGCUAGCACACCGUCUGUCGAGGGGGGUGAGCAAGUGGAGGAGGAGGCAGGGAAGGGCAAGAAGAAGGGGAAUAAAGGGAAGAAGCAGGUUUUGAUGAAUUGGGGGUGAUGUGACAUGACUUUAUGGGUUACAGUUACGCCGUAAAUAGAGAACCUUCCGGGUCGAAAGCGGAGCUAGUUGGGCGGCAUAGUCAAGGUGCAUAUAGAGAAAAAGCGCUUAGUCGUACCGAAUAAAGUACUAUAGAACCUCUCGA